AACACAGAAAACAAGCAUUACCAAGCUCGACCAAGCUUUGCUUCCGAAAUUGCCAAGAUGCGGCUGCUGGAGAGGCCCACGACUACUCGGACUCCUAGGAGCGAACAGGAAGUCGAAUGAUAAAUAAGACGAAGCUCCUUCUGAUCUUCCAAUGGCUGAGGCAGGGUAUCACUGUGAUCACAAGCACCCACCCGGCAAGGCACCAAUCAUCCCAUUCCGCUAAGCACAAAAAUGGGACAGAAGAAGACUUUCCAACGCCUCGCUGCCACGGCACUGGCAGUCCUGCCGUUUGUCAACGGCCAGCAGCCCGGGUCGUCGACGCCCGAAGUGCACCCCAAGCUGGCCACGUGGAAGUGCACGACAAGCGGCGGGUGCGUCGAGCAGCAGACAUCGGUGGUGCUCGACUGGAACUACCGCUGGAUCCACACGGCCAACGGCAGCACGUCGUGCACGGCCAGCGGCGGGGUGGACAAGACGCUGUGCCCGGACGAGGCGACGUGCGCGCAGAACUGCGUGGUCGAGGGCGCCGACUACGCCAGCGCCGGCAUCGCGACGUCCGGGAGCUCCCUAACGCUGCGGCAGUAUGUCAAGGGCAGCAACGGCCAGAUGAGCAGCGUGUCGCCGCGGGCCUAUCUCCUGGGGCCGGACGGCAACUACGAGAUGCUCAAGCUGCUGGGCCAGGAGCUGAGCUUCGACGUGGACCUGUCGACGCUGCCGUGCGGCGAGAACGGGGCGCUGUACCUGUCCGAGAUGGACAUGACGGGUGGGCGGAACGAGUACAACACGGGGGGUGCUAACUACGGGUCCGGCUACUGCGACGCGCAGUGCCCCGUGCAGACGUGGACGAACGGCACGCUCAACACCAGCGGGCAGGGCUACUGCUGCAACGAGAUGGACAUCCUCGAGGCCAACGCGCGGGCCAACGCCUUCACGCCGCACCCGUGCGCCAACGGCGGCUGCGACAAGAGCGGCUGCGGCUUCAACCCGUACGCGCGGGGCUACACGAGCUACUACGGGCCCGGCAUGGCGGUCGACACGGCGCGGCCCUUCACGGUGGUCACGCAGUUCGCGACCAGCGACGGCACGACGGCGGGCAGCCUCAGCCAGAUCACGCGCUACUACGUGCAGGACGGGAAGAAGAUCGCCAGCGCGGCGCCCGGCGGCGACACCAUCACGGCGGCGGGCUGCACGUCGGCGGCCUCGUGGGGCGGCCUUGCCGGCAUGGGCCAGGCGCUGGGGCGCGGCAUGGUGCUGACCUUCAGCGUGUGGAACGACGCGGCCGGCUACAUGAACUGGCUGGACAGCGGCAGCAACGGGCCCUGCAGCAGCUCCGAGGGCAACCCGGCCGACAUCGCCGCCAAGUACCCGGACACCCACGUCGUCUUCUCCAACAUCCGCUGGGGCGACAUCGGGUCCACCGUGCCCAUCUCGGGCGGCGGCGGCUCAUCAUCGUCGUCGUCCACCAAGCCGGCUUCCACCAGCACCAGCACCAGCACUAGCACCACGACCAAGCCGUCCCAGCCGGCCCAGACGCACUAUGGCCAGUGCGGCGGCAACGGCUGGACCGGUCCGACCCAGUGCCAGAGCCCCUACACGUGCAAGAAGCAGAAUGACUGGUACUCGCAGUGCCUGUAACCUAUAGGGGGGAGGUCGAGGAGAGAGAAGGACCAAACGAAGGUGGCUUGAUUGAAAGGAUACUACUAUUAGUGCUAGUAGGAGUAGUUC